UUCUUCUUUAUUUAAAGUUAAUAUUUUUUAAUUAAAGUCUGUUAUACACUUUGUUUCCAAUAAUAUUAUUGUAUGUGGUAUUAUUAAAAAGCGUUAGCUUUGUGAUUUCCGUUCUACUCCAAAAUUAGAUCAGUAAAGCUGAGGACACCAUACAGACGCGUUCUAUAAUUUCACUUUGAAACUAUGUGAAAGAAACGAAAAGUGUAAACAGAAGAAACCAUCUUUUAAAAGUUUUAUUAUUGUGUUGGUUUUUUUAAAUUUAACUUUAUUAUUUUAUGAAUAUUAAAAUAACUGACUUCAAUUUAUAUUUGAGUGAAUAGUUAAAAAAUGAAUAGAAUAUAUUUUUUGGCAAUCUUAGUUCUGUUACACAUUUCUCAAGGAGAUUCAACAACUUUAAAAGUUGGUGGUAUAUUUCACUCUGGAGAACAGCAUUAUUAUAACGCAUUUGUAACUGCAAUUGAAAAUUUGAAGAAGGACCGAUUGACAACAUUUGAAUUAGAAGCUAGCAUAGUGUGGAUAAAUACAACUUCCGAUAGUUUUAAAACAUCAACUGAAGUUUGUAAUUUAGUGACAGAAGGUAUAAUUGGAAUAUUCGCCCCAACACAGUUUCAGACAAGAGAAGUGGUAUUAAGUAUUUGCUCCAAAUUAGAAAUUCCUGUUAUAGAAUAUGCAUAUCAUCCAAGAGAAGAGUUAAAAGAUCAGAAAACAGUGCUUAAUUUUUAUCCUGAUAACAGGUAUAUUUCUAAGGCAAUUGCUGAUGUUCUAAAAUCGUUGAGUUGGAAAUCGUUCACUGUUAUCUAUGAUACAGAUGACGCUUUAAUUCGAAUUCAAGAUGUUCUUCAACUUCAUGGACCACUAGACUCUCCAAUUACAAUUCGCCAUAUAAGCGAAGAUCAGGAUUUUCUACCAUUAUUAAAAGAAAUAUCUAAUUCUACUGACUGGAAUCUCCUAUUAGAUUUGAGUCCAACGAACUUGGAAAAAGUUUUACUUGAAGGAAAGAAGUUUGGAAUGCUCAAGGACUAUUACAAAUAUUUAAUUUGCUAUUUGGAUGUAAAAAUGCUACCAAUCUUCGACGUGUUGAAUGGAACUUAUGUAAACAUAACUGGGUUUCAAAUGCUUCAACAUGAAAGACUUCCAGCAGAAAUUAGCACGAUUGAGGAAACUAUCAUACACGACGCAGUUCAACACUUUAAAGAAGCUUUAUAUGUAUUAAGUACAAAAGAUGUAAAUAUUCAACCAAAGCCCCUAUUCUGUAAUAGAAGAGAAAAAUACCAUGCUGGUGUAGAUAUUGCAACAUUGUUGCGUGAGUUGUCAAAGGCUGAUGGACUGGCUGGAGAGUUACAUUUCGAUAAGGAAGGUAGAAGAUUAUUAUAUUUAUCAAUACUUUCAUUUCAACAUCAUGAAUAUGUAAUUACUCAUAAAUGGAAUGUUGAUGAUGGAUUGCAAAUAAUAAAAGCUGCUGAUGCCGUCAAAAGUUUCACAGACACAAUUUUUGCAUCAAAAACUUUUAUAGUCAGUACAAAGUUGGGUGCACCUUAUAUGAUGGAGGUAAAGGAUGCUUCCUCUGGAGAAAAUCAAGUUAUUAUAGGGAAUAAAAGAUAUGAAGGAUACUGUAUUGAUUUAAUGUUUAAGAUUGGACAGUUGUUAAAAUUUAAACACACUUUUGAAUUAGUGAAAGACAAUAACUACGGAUCAUACGAUCCAGUUAAAAAGACUUGGAAUGGUCUUGUCAAGCGAAUUUUAGAUCGGAAAGCUGAUUUUGCAAUAUGUGACUUAACAAUAACUUUCGACCGAAAAAAAGCUGUGGACUUUACUAUGCCUUUCAUGACACUUGGGAUAAGCAUAUUGUUUAGUCACCCAGAAGACAAAGAACCUAAUCUAUUUUCGUUUCUAUCUCCAUUAUCAACUGAUGUCUGGAUGUAUAUGGCAACUGCAUACUUAGGUGUUUCCUUAAUGUUAUUCUUCCAAGCUAGAAUGGCGCCUGGUGAAUGGAAUAAUCCACAUCCAUGUAAUAUGGAAGCAGAUGAACUAGAAAAUAAUUUUAACUUGAUGAAUUCCAUGUGGCUCACUAUGGGCUCACUUAUGCAGCAAGGGUCGGACAUUCUCCCCCAGGCACCGUCAAUCCGAAUGGUUGCUGGCAUGUGGUGGUUCUUCGUAUUAAUCAUGGUGUCAUCUUAUACGGCUAAUUUGGCAGCAUUUUUGACUGCUGAUAAAAUUGAUGUUUCUAUAAACAGUGCUGAGGAUCUAGCAAAACAAACCAAGAUAAAAUAUGGAGCUCUUCAAGGUGGAUCUACAUCAAGCUUCUUUCAACAUUCAAAUCAUUCCACAUACCAACGUAUGUGGACAGCAAUGAGCGAUGCAAAACCAUCUGUUUUUACGGAAAGUAAUGAUGAAGGGGUAGAAAGAGUGCGAACAGGGAAGCGCGGAUUUGCAUUUCUUAUGGAGUCUACCUCUAUUGAGUACACUAUUCAAAAGCAUUGUGGUCUAACACAAGUAGGCGGACUACUUGAUAGUAAAGGAUAUGGAAUUGCAAUGCCGUUAAAUUCACCGUACAGGACAGCAGUUAGUGGCGCUGUGUUGAAAUUGCAAGAAAGCGGUGAGCUUGGACAAUUGAAGGAGCAUUGGUGGAAGAAAGUAGAGGCAGAACCCAGUUGUACUGUUAAUCGUGGUAGUAGUGGAGGCGCAGAUGCAGACGCUCUGAAGAUGUCCAAUGUUGGAGGGGUCUUUCUUGUUUUAAUGUGUGGUUGUGGAGUAUCGUUUCUUAUAGCUCUUUGUGAAUUCAUAUGGAACGUAAGAAAGGUUGCUGUUGAAGAAAAGGUUACUCCUUGGAAGGCUUUAAUUGUGGAACUGAAAUUUGCUAUUAAUAUAUGGACAGAAUCAAAACCGGUAAAAAUUACACAGAAAAGCUGCUCAACUUCAAGUGAAGACAAUGAUAAUGGGUUCAAAAGAGCAACAUCGACCGCUCGUUCUUUAAUGGGAUCUUUUUUAAGAAUAGAUGUAAUAGAUAAGCUUGAUAAAGAAAAUAUGAGCUAUGACAAAAAGAAUUGUAACCGUAGUAUUAAAUAAUUUAUUUACGUUUAAUAAAUAUAGUUUUUUAAUAAUAAAACUAGAUUUUAUUUAUUUAAUAA